UGUGGGUGAGAGUACUGAGCGACCGAAAGAGCAGAAGAGCAGCCCGAGUUUGACCAGAGCGGGUGGCAAAAAGGAGGGAAGAGAGGCUGGAAGGAGCGAUUUGGACUAGGGCUGGCGGGGCCGAGGAUCCCAAACGGGCCGAAGAGGGGCGCGAAAUUGGCUUCGGGAUGAUGGAGGACGGAUUCUCCAGCUACAGCAGCCUCUAUGACACUUCUUCGCUUCUGCAGUUCUGCAAUGAUGACAGUGCUUCUGCUGCCAGUAGCAUGGAGGUGACAGAUCGCAUAGCUUCACUUGAACAACGUGUUCAGAUGCAAGAAGACGACAUUCAGUUGCUCAAGUCCGCUCUGGCAGAUGUCGUUAGGCGUUUAAAUAUUACUGAGGAGCAACAGGCCAUGCAGAACAGGAAAGGACCUACCAAAGCAAGACCACUAGUUCAAACACUGCCUUUAAAGACUACUGUCAAUAAUGGAACUGUCUUACCAAAGAAAUCUAGUGGUUCUCUACCUUCUCCAUCAGGAACCAGGAAAGAAAUUGUAUCACCAGCAGCAAAAAGCACUAUUAAAAGAACCAACUCAGCUGAAGGUGUUUCUCCUGGUGGUCGGAGGGAAAGUUAUGGAGAUUCCAAAGGCAAUCGUAAUCGAGCUGGAUCCACAAGCAGUUCAUCUAGUGGUAAAAAGAACAGUGAUUGCAAACCCAAGGAACCAAUGUUCAGUGCAGGGAAGCGCCGUGUGACACGUUGUAAAGAGGAAGGAUAUGUUAAAAUGUUUCUGCGUGGACGUCCUGUUACCAUGUACAUGCCAAAAGAUCAGGUGGAGUCUUACAGCUUGGAAGCAAAGGCAGAACUACCAUCCAAAAAGCUUAAACUGGAAUGGGUCUAUGGUUAUAGAGGUCGGGAUUGUCGUAAUAAUCUGUACCUCUUACCAACCGGAGAAACUGUUUACUUCAUUGCGUCUGUGGUUGUAUUGUAUAAUGUUGAAGAACAACUGCAGAGACAUUACAUUGGUCACAAUGAUGAUGUGAAGUGCUUAGCAGUACAUCCUGACAGGAUUACCAUAGCAACUGGUCAGGUUGCAGGGACAUCUAAGGAUGGAAAGCAAUUACUGCCUCAUAUCCGCAUUUGGGAUUCUGUUACUUUGAAUACACUACAUGUAAUUGGCAUGGGAUUCUUUGAUCGAGCUGUUACAUGCAUUGCAUUUUCUAAAUCAAAUGGAGGCAGUAACUUGUGCUCAGUGGAUGACUCCAAUGACCAUGUGCUUUCAGUAUGGGACUGGCAGAGGGAAGAAAAAGUUGCAGAGGUCAAGUGCUCUAAUGAAGCAGUAUUUGCCGCUGAUUUUCACCCUACAGACACUAACAUAAUAGUUACAUGUGGAAAAUCUCAUCUUUAUUUUUGGACAAUUGAAGGGAAUUCUCUUAUCAAAAAGCAGGGAUUAUUUGAGAAACAAGAAAAGCCAAAGUUUGUCUUGUGUGUGACAUUUUCUGAAAAUGGUGAUACAAUCACAGGAGAUUCAAGUGGAAAUAUCUUAGUAUGGGGAAAGGGUAAGGAAAGAAUUAACUUGCAUAAUAGUAAAUUACAUUUUACUGAUGCAGCACAGUCUUCUGGUUUUCAUCCUUCAGGGUCUGUAGUUGCAGUAGGAACGCUCACUGGAAGGUGGUUUGUGUUUGAUACUGAAACAAAGGAUUUGGUCACUGUACAUACAGAUGGAAAUGAACAGCUGUCCACAAUGCGUUACUCACCAGAUGGCAACUUCUUGGCAAUAGGCUCUCAUGACAAUUGCAUUUAUAUAUACAGUGUUAGUGACAAUGGAAGAAAAUACAGUAGAAUUGGCAAAUGUUCAGGUCAUUCCAGUUUCAUUACUCACUUGGAUUGGUCUGCUAACUCUCAGUAUCUUGUGUCUAAUUCAGGGGACUAUGAAAUCCUAUACUGGGUUCCUUCAGCUUGUAAGCAAGUAGUAAGUGUGGAAACCACUAGAGAUAUAGAAUGGGCUACUUACACGUGUACUCUAGGAUUUCAUGUUUUUGGUGUAUGGCCAGAAGGUUCAGAUGGCACAGAUAUAAAUGCCCUUUGUCGCUCACAUGAAAUAAAUUUAUUAUCAACUGGUGAUGACUUUGGCAAAGUACAUCUCUUUUCUUACCCAUGCUCACAAUUUAGGGCUCCAAGUCAUGUGUAUGGUGGACAUAGCAGUCAUGUAACCAAUGUAGAUUUUCUAUAUGAAGAUACUCAUCUCAUCUCCACAGGUGGAAAAGAUACUAGUAUUAUGCAAUGGCGAGUUAUUUAG